UAUUGUCGCUCGUUGAUGACGCAUAUUAGCCUUUCCCUGUAUGGCUUUAUGUUUGGAGUCUCAGAAUCAGAAUCAGCUUUAUUUGAGUGGUUGUUUCAAGGAGCAGAGAUCAAGUUUUCUCCUAAACUCAGCAGUGAGAGCGUCGCUGUUCCUCUUGAGGUCCAGGUACCGAUACCCUGGAUGGGCCGGACCCAGGAUCUGGUACCCUUCAUUCCAGGGUGGAGACAGGCAGACUGCCCGAGCAACCAGUCCAGACUAGGGCCGUGCACUGCCCGAACCAGAACAACCCCGGCCCCGACCGCGACAUCAUUAAGGAUGCACACGUCAGUGCGUGAAAUCCAUUUCUCACCUCCGUCAGACUUGUCCUACGUUUUGCGAGUGGACUGGGAGGGGAGGAACUUAGGCUUAGGCUUCCAGUUACUGCUGACUGAUGGGCAGAAGGCAUGGAGAGGAAAGGUGAGUGAGGUGGUGUUGAAUGAUGAAGCAGAAGAGUUGGAGAUGCCUAAGGAGAAGUACAUCCAGGACCUUCAGCAGGCUCUAACAGAGCCCGAAAACUCUGCCUCCUACUGUUUCACCGUGAAGCCAGAUCCAACCAGCAGCUGCAGCGUGACACUGACAUAUGAAAAGAGGCAGAAGGACAUCUCAUUCAAACUAGGCUGUGUCUUGCUGGAUGCUGUCAAAGAGCCAGCUGAGGCUGUGAGGGAGAUGCUGAUCCACACUCUACAACAAGGAAGCACCCUGCAGCAGCACAACCACAAACUGAGGGAUGAGAACCAGAGGCUGAUAGGAGAACACCAGCGCAUCACUGAAGAGCUAAAGCGUUACGCUGCAGGUAAAGAGGCCCUGGAGGCAGAGUUGUACUCUCGGUUUGUCCUGGUCCUCAAUGAGAAGAAAACAAAGAUUCGCAGCUUGCAGGAAGCCGUCACAAACCUGCAGGAAACAAGGAAUUCUGAUGGACAGAAGAACAGGGAUUCUUCGAAGUCGGAACAGACAGCAGGACACAACAGUGAGGACGAUGAAUACGGAGGCAGCACUGACGAAGAGCUGAAGGAAGAGGAGUCAACAGCACCUUCUCAUGUAGAAUCCAGAGAAUCUGCUACUCCGAGUCCUUUGAAUCUCCGUGACAUCACCGAUGUUGCUCCUUGUCGCAAGCGUCGUUUUCGCCAUCUUGGGGCCCCACAGCUCACAGUGAAAAAACUGAACCCAGAAGUGGCACAGAAGCAAAGGACCGAUUCCUCUGCAGCAUCCAGUCAGCUGCAGACUCCCCAGCGCUCUGCUGAGGCUACAAAACUAACUUCAGCUGAUGAAGACCUGUUUGAGGAUUUCUGACUUCCAGACGGACUCGGUUCCACAACUGCUGCAGUUUUCAUCUAAAAAAUAUAUUUUUAUUUUUUAUUUUUAUCAGAGUUAAUAAAUAAUGGGUUGAUACUAAAUGUGUUGAUAAUGAACUGACAUUUUUUAGUACUUAAGGGUAGUGAUGAUCAAGUCCCUUCAUAAAAUAUACAUAAUAUGGCUAAAUUUACUGUAAAUUGGAAUUUGAUUUGAAUGAGUGUUAAUAAAAAAAAAAAAGAAGAAUUCAAUGUAAAUGUAAUGUAAGAUCUGCUGUGCUUUUACCACUGUGAGUCUAGUCUAAACUGAUUCUUGCCACAGCUGUACUGAUGAGCAGUUUGUGUAUGAACAUUAAUGUCUUAGUCUUUCUGGGGCUUUCCUGACCCUCCCUUUUUGUAGGAGCGUUUCAUGCUAUUAAAUAAAAAUAAAUAAAUAAUAAAAAACGA